UAACUGCACUCUAUGAUGGGAAAGACAACAAAAAGCCUCCAUGUCAGAGACAGAUUCCUGGGCCUCCUGCUGUGGUUCCAUAUCCGAAUCAGAGAUGAUGGUGGAGCUACUCCAGUGCAAGACGAACGAGAUUCAGGAUCUGAUGUGGAAGAUGAAGCAAAUGAGCAGCAUUCUGGAUCUGAGAAUGGAAGUGUAGGGCACCAUUCAGAGAAUGAACACAGUGAUGGAGAAGACGAUGGGCGGAUCGGAGAGCCCCAUAUGACAGACUCUGAAAAUGAAGAUAUCCCAAGGCAAAAAGACAGUGACUCAGAUAAUGAGGAGCCUCCAAAUCACAAUGUAAGUGAUUCGGACAAUGAAGCAGCUCAUGGAGGGAAAGACAGUGAUUCUGAUACUGAGGACCGUCCAAAUCGGCAUAUAAGUGACUCUGAAAAUGAAGAUGCCUUAAAUCAUCGAGCAAGUGACUCUGAAAAUGGAGAGCCUCACAGGGAUCACAGUAGUGAUUUUGAAAAUGAGGAAUCACACAAGCAGCCGGCCAGCGACUCGGACAGCGAGGAGCUGCACAAGCAGCCAGCCAGUGACUCAGAGAGCGAGGAGCUCCACAAGCAGCCAGGCAGUGAUUCGGAGAGUGAGGAGCUCCGCAAACAGCCGGCUAGUGACUCGGAGAGCGAGGAUGUUUCCAGACACAAACAAGAAAUAGAGUCUGAGGAUAGUGAUGGGGAGGACAGGAAGGAGGAGGUGCAGAAUGAUUCUCAUCAUUCAGAUAACGAUCACAUAAGGGAAGGAUUUCAGGGCUCCGACAGUGAAGAGGAAGCUCCUAAGAGACGAAAAAUAUCAGACAGUGAUGAAGAAGAGAAAGAGGAGGAGAAGACGGUGAAGAGGAAAACAGCUAUCCUUUCUGACAGUGAGGACGACGAGAAAACACCUGCAAAAAAAGUACGAAUCCUUUCUGAUGUCGAAGAAUCAGAUAGUGAUGCUGCUUCAGAGAAAUCUGACAAAAGGAAGAAAAAUAUUGUAUCAGAUAGUGAGGAAGAAGAAGAAAGAAAAGAGAAUGCUGGGAAGAAAAAAGAGGAGAAAGAUCUGUUUGGCAGUGACAGCGAAUCUGGAAAUGAACAAGAGAACCUGAUUGCAGAUAUUUUUGGAGAAUCUGGUGAUGAGGAAGAAGAGGAAUUUACAGGUUUUAACCAGGAAGAUUUGGAGGAAGAGAAAGGUGAUGCAGAUAUGAAGGAGACAGCAGAUGAAUCGGACUCUGAUGAUAACAUCAAAAGAGGGAAGCAUAUGGACUUCAUGUCAGAUUUUGACAUGAUGUUGCAACGAAAGAAGAGUAUGAGUGGCAAGCGUAGACGAAACCGUGAUGGUGGAACUUUCAUUAGCGAUGCAGAUGAUGUGGUCAGUGCUAUGAUUGUGAAGAUGAAUGAAGCUGCUGAGGAGGACCGGCAGCUGAAUACACAAAAGAAACCAGCACUAAAGAAAUUAACUUUGCUACCAACUGUAGUUAUGCAUCUUAAAAAGCAGGACCUUAAAGAAACUUUUAUCGAUAGUGGUGUUAUGUCUGCCAUCAAGGAGUGGCUUUCUCCCCUUCCAGACCGAAGUCUGCCAGCACUAAAGAUACGAGAGGAGCUGCUGAAGAUCCUGCAAGAGCUGCCCAGCGUGAGCCAAGAGACCCUGAAGCACAGUGGCAUUGGACGAGCUGUGAUGUACCUCUACAAACACCCCAAAGAGUCAAGACCUAACAAGGAUAUGGCAGGGAAGCUAAUCAAUGAAUGGUCUCGACCCAUCUUUGGCCUUACCUCAAACUACAAAGGCAUGACAAGAGAAGAGAGGGAACAGAGAGAUUUGGAGCAGAUGCCUCAGCGAAGGAGGUUGAGCAGCUCUGGUGGUCAGACUCCCCGGAGGGACCUGGAGAAAGUGCUCACUGGAGAGGAAAAGGCUCUUAGACCUGGCGACCCUGGGUUCUGUGCCCGUGCAAGGGUGCCGAUGCCCUCCAACAAGGACUAUGUAGUCAGGCCAAAGUGGAAUGUGGAGAUGGAGUCCUCCAGGCCCGGGACUAUUAAGAGAGGUAUUAGUCGCUUGGAAAAACACAAGAGACGGUUUGCUGAACAGAAACGACUCAGCAAAGUGCAUCGGGCCAUCAAGUUCAGCAUUGAAGGCAACAGGAUGCCCCUGUAGCCAUGACAUUCUGCCUUCCCCAAGCUUGAGAGGGGACCUCUAAGAAAGGGGUGAGUCGACUGGACAAACAGAUGCGGAAAUUCACUGAUAUCAGGAAAAAAAGCAGAUCGGCCCAUGCAGUGAAAAUCAGCAUUGAGGGCAAUAAGAUGCCAUUGUGACCCUUCACAGAAUACCCCAUGACCUCUGCUGUAAGACAGUACACCCACAGACUCUUUGGAGACCUUUACAUUUUUUAACAGCUUGUUUGGGGUUUUUUUUUUUUUUUUGGUGGGUUUUUUUUUUUUUUUUUUUUUUUAGUGAAUCUUUAAAUUGUUGGUUCAGGUUCUGGUAUAAGAUGAUGUCUGAGGACUGUGAAUAUGAGACUUCUUUCUCCUGAUUUUAUUUAAACUUGCUCUGUUGUGUCCUUUGUACAGAUCAUGUAUUUGUUGUAUUGCAACAAUAAAACAUCUUCUGUUUUUUUUGGGGGGGGGGGCCUCUUUGUUGAUUGCUCAAGAGAAUGUAUUUGCAGACCACCUGCGCUGUGGAAAAGCUGGUAACUGUUAGUUUGCUGUUUACCACUGUCUGUCCCCUCUUCAUUCAGAGCUUUAUUAAUCAGUUGGUCUGUCUUUGGA